AUGAAGUGGCUUACCGCAAGACCCUGUGCUCCCAAACUCACCAUUACAAUAAAUAAUCCUAAGCCGAUUUACACAACAUGGGACCGACUCGAGGGCACAAUGACGGUGACUACGCACGAUGAGACUGAAUUCAACAAUAUUAAGAUCACAUUUGAAGGUUCAUCACGAGUGGCCUUACCGCGGCCAAUUACUGAACUCCGUGAACCUACAGCCUCCCACACAUUCCUAAAGCUCCAACAACCUAUUGAAUCACCUAUCUCGACAAAUUUUACUCCUGGAAGACAUCACACAUUUCCAUUCUGCUUCGUGAUCCCAGAGGACCUACCCCUCGGUUCCUGCAUACACGAAAAGAGCAAUGACCAUGCCGAUCAUCGGCAUGUUAAGCUUCCGCCAACACUGCGAUUCGCCAAUUUGUCUCAGGAACUUUGUCGGGUCGCAUACUUCAUUCGUGCUACGGUUUCCCAUUAUUUUCCUGAUGAGAAGAGCGAUAGAUCUACUACUUCUACAAGGGAAAUACGGUUUGUCCCGGCCCAUCAGUGGAACAGCCUCCCGAGCAGCCUUCAGAACUUCAUAUCAUUACAACACAACACGAAACAGCAAGCGAAGAGCAAAACGCUACUUCCUUCGGGAAAACUGCAUGUUUCAGGCUCUUCAGCAAAGCUUCUGCAGAAGCACUGCCUUGAGAGCUCCCCGGGAAACUCCUUCGACACUUAUAUUUCCAUACCGCUUCGCUUCGAAGCUGUGGGAGAAGCGAAGCCUCCACAGUUAAGGAAAAUACAUUUUACGCUCAAGGCUUCAACAUUCCUGGAUACAAAGCCUAAUACCAAGUUUUUCAAGCCCCAUGAGACACAGUACCGACAAGCACAUGUUGAGCACAUAGCGAUGCGUUCAGAGGAUAUCUCAUCAACACAAUGGGUUAGGCAUGAGCCCACCGACCGCACCACAGAGGACAAGAGUGAGCACCAUCUAUAUUACACGACGUCCUUGAUCGCCCCGAUACGCAUACAGAAAAGCGCACAUCUCAUACAGUCAUUCUCUACGUGUCUCCUCUCGCGAGCCUACUUCCUCGACGUACGUAUAACGUACUCUCUGCCUGGGACAGUAGGGGCUCGUCAGACAUUGAAAGCUACGCUGCCUGUCGAUGUCGCUGAGCCUUACGAUGUAUUCGAUAGCAAACCUGCGCUGCCGCUAUGGGACACACUAGACGAGCUACACUCAUUCAACUGGGAUCCCGACCCGCCACCGUACUAUGGUCAUGAAUUCUCGAAGCAUGACAAUCCCAUGAAGAAGGGUCACGGAAAUGCUUUGUCCCAGUAUCAGGUGACUUCUUGA